ACGUGACAAGGGGCCAUGAAUCAGGCUGUGGGUUGGGGCUAUGUGUGAGCCUCCCCUAGCCUCCCGGACUGCACCUUAUCAAACCUGUAGAGGUGAGAAGGAAGAGGCCGGAGACGACGGAGACACGACACACAUGAGGACGCACUAAAAGGAAGGUGCAUUGGGAGACUCUUCUCUGAGAACAAACAAGACGUCAGCGACAUCUGGAGCAUCUGCAGCUGAGAGAAAGAGAGAGAGGGGGGGGGAGAGAGAGAGAGAGAGGGAGAGAGGGGUAGUGAAGGAGAGGGGGGUGGGGUAGAAUGGGAAGAGGUACGCUCCUAAGUUCUCAAGCACUUCUCAAAUAAAUUGUUUUCUAAGUGGCUCUGUGAUGUUCUAUCACAGUCUCCCUCUAAUGUCAUAGGGGGAGAAGAUAGAUUGAAAGGCAGAGAGAGAGACCGAGAGAGAGUAAAGAUCGAAGACGGGACAGAGAGGUAUCGGUACACAGUCUCACAAAGGACAAAGAAGGUAUCACCAUUUCAAGAUCCGCAUCUGAUGCUCCAACAUGGCCGCAUCCACUCUGUUGAUGUUGCUGAUAGUGGCCGCCAUGGCAACCGUGGCACAGGCAGCUGCCGACGAGAAUGAAUUGGAGUACGGGUUCUGGAAUUACAGAGAGGGAGCCGACAGUGUGAACGUGGCCGCGGUGCGGAGUGUGACCCGCGUGCUGGACGCCUGGGGCAAGCGGAUCUUUAAUGAGAUCAAGACCCUGGUGCACUCCCAGCCCAGCGCCCUGCUGCCAGACUACUCCCGGGUGCGCCCUCUCUCCGAGUCAGUGAACGACCUGUUCCGAGAAGUCUCCCUGCUACACAAGCGCAUCACAGAGCUCACCCAUCGCCUAGCAACCCUAGAACCGUUCCUUCGUCGCCACGGCUACAGGGAGGCGGGGGAGGAAGCAGGGGACGCCAAGGCUCUUGCUCCCCAAAGCAUGCGUGGGGAGGUGACUAGGCUGGCCCGGUACCCCGUGAGAGAGCGGCAGAGCGCUGCGCCAGCGACCCCCUCGCGGGGGAGCCGUGUGUUGAGUAGGAGGAAAGUUCGAGUGCUGAAGCACGGGGGUGUGCGCGUGCUCCAGAGUGAGAGGUAAACCGAUCGAUAGCCGGCCGGCUGUCGGAGGAGGAGGAACGGGGGAAGUUGGGAAAUGGGACGGCUGAUAAAAAUGCAAAAUAUAUGUCUGUGGUCAAUGGCCUAUAUUAUGCAAUUUGAUGUUUGAUAUGUUUGUAGUGGAGGAUAAUCUUUCGAAUCUGCAGGAACCGGUCAGAGAAUGAAUUUAGGGGGGAGCUGUAGGCCUAUGUCAUCAGUAAUAAACUUGAAAAACGGGUGACACGUGUCUGCUUGUAUUC